AUGGCCAGGAACCGGCUGAACAAAGAAUGGCAGGAAGUGAAGAGGAACCCCGACCCAGAUAUUUCUCUGGAGCUGGCUGGCGACAGCUUCGAGCAGUGGCAUGCGACCAUCAAGGGUCCACAGGAUUCACCCUAUGAGGGUGGACAAUUCAAGCUGGACAUCGUCUGCACGGCGAACUAUCCGUAUGCUGCACCUCAGGUGAGCUUUGUGACCAAGAUCUUCCACCCAAACGUGAAUUACAACACCGGCGAGCUUUGCUUGGACAUAUUGAAAACAGACUGGAGCCCGGCAUGGACCUUGCAGUAUGUCUGCCGGGCUGUCAUUGCCCUGCUGCGGGACCCAAACCCGGACAGUCCUCUGAACUGCGAUGCCGGAAAUCUCUUGAGAAAUGGGGAUCUGAGAGGAUUUCGGUCGAUGGCACGAAUGUACACAGCUGAACAUGCCAUUGCCGUGCAGAGCCCGAGUGCACUUAUCGAAAGGGUCCUGCACUUUUGCAAUCCUUUGCAUAUCGCUGUCACGGCAGAGGCAUGGACAUCUGGGACGGCAUCAGAAGAGUCGGAGUACGGUUUCUAUGUCCGCUUCUGUAGCCAGCCUUGCUUAAGCCUUCGACCUCAAAGACAAAGCCCGAUGGAGAGCCGUACGAGUGGUGCCAGGAGACUCGACCAGCUCAUCCAAAAGCUGCAUGGCAAACAUGUCACAGAUCAGAUGCGGAUUUGGGCUGAAGAAAGCUCGCCAAUGAUGCGGAGCUGGAGGAGCAAUGCUCAGUUUGCAACUUCGGCGCUGAAAGCCCUCACACGGCAGCACCUUACAUCGGUGGCCAUCUAUACUUUGUCACUCAUGACGGACCGAAGUGUUGCGACCAACAUUGUGCACUACACAACUGUAGUAUCCGCAUUGGCGAAGCGAUGUCUCUGGGAACUUGCGCUCAGCGUUGUAGACAGCUUUCCGCCUGGGGUCUCGGCAAAUUCGUUCACCUUCAACAGCUUGAUCAGCGCUUGUUCCGGCGGCAGCGAAUGGAUCUCAGCACUGCAAGUGCAAGAGGAAAUGCGAAAUCUUGGCGUCCUGCCUGACAGCAUUACUGGGAAUGUGAUACUCAGUGCGUGUGAGAAGGGCACUCAGUGGAGCCUGGCCUUGAGCCAAUGCGCUCGCGGACAUUCGGAUCAGGUUUCUGUGGACCCUUCUCAAACUACAAUCAGAUUCAAUUCUGCGUUGGCAGCACUGCAAGCCUGUCAGAGCUGGGAAAUGGCCGUGCUGGGAUUUAACUCGAUGCGAUCGUCUCGUGCUUGCCCAGACGAGUACUCGUGCAGUACCUGUAUCAACUCCUGCCAACAUUCGUGGCAGUUGGCCGCCAAAGGCCUGGAAGGGGUGUUCAGAUUAGGACUGUUUCCCAACGAUGUUGUUCAUGGCGCCGCUUUAAACUCAUGUGAGAAGAACAGUGCCUGGUCUACGGCGUUGCAGAUGUCGAAAGACAUUCAGGCUAGAAGAAGUCUUGCCAAUCAGUACAUAUACAAUUCUGUCAUAAGUGCGGUGGACAAGGCAGACCACUGGACACGUGCAGUGGAGCUUUUCUACGAGAUGCCCCGCCACACGGCACAUGAUGCGGUCACCUGCACUGUGCUGAUAAGUGCCUGCGGAAAAAAGAGUUGGACCUUGGCCCUCGCCCUUUUAGGGGAGAUGCCUGAACGAUCCAUAGUCCCGACGGCUGCAACCUACAAUGCAGUGCUGAAGGCGUGCUCCCCUCACGGGCUGGACACCGCCUUGAAAGUUUGGGCCACCAUGACGGGCCUCAAUCACCCACACUUUCCUGACGUGCUGACCUACAACAUCAUGAUAGGCGCCUGCAGCGAUGAAGGCGCAUGGCAGUUCGGCCUUCACUUCUUGAGCGAGAUCGCUUUGCAGGGGUUGACGGCGGAUGUCGUUACAUUCAACUCAGCUAUCAGUGCUUGCGAGAAGCUGGGACACUGGCAGGUUGCGUUGGAUCUGGUGACCGAGAUGCUCAGCCUUGCCGUACUUCCCAAUGGUGUCACCUUCGGUGCGGCAAUCAGUUCUACUGUGCAAUCAAGCAAGUGGAAACAAGCAAUGUACUUGUACAGCAGGCUGGUGCAAACAGAGCUGCCCACUGUGAUUGCUUGCAAUUCCCUGUUGGCAGCUCUGGGGUCCUCCAGCCAGUGGCAACGUUCUUUGAAGUUUCUGUCCAGCAUGCCCGAGUGUGAUUUGCAGGCUGACACCAUCACAUAUAGUGAGGUGUUGACAGCUUGCCAACGAAGUUUGCAAUGGCAGCACGUGUUGGAGGUUGUCCAGCUACUGCAAGGCCAUUGUGCUUUAGAUGCCCAAGUUUGUGCGUCGGCCAUUGGUGCUUGUGCUUUGGGUGCACAAGUCGAAGACGCAGUCCGUUUUCUUGAAACUUUGUCUCAGACCGUGAGUUACGAGGCGGUAGGAAGGAGUCAUGCGUUGAGCGGGGGUGCGACUUGCCUAGUUAUGUUUUAUUUACACUGCAAAGAUUGCCAUCACAGAGCCAGACAAGUUUCGGAGGUUCGACACUUCGCGCGAGAAUGUCGGCGCUAUUCCACGGAAACGUAG